GGCUUCAGGAAUCACAUGGUUUACGUUUGCAGCUCAGCCAGACGCCAUUUUGGAGGAAAGUUUGGGAUUUGUGAGAGCUGGAAGCUGCAGGAGAGGAGCAGGAGGAGGUAGAAGGAGAAAGCAGGAGGAAGUUGGCCACGCAUGCAGCUCUCAGGCUGCGCCUCUCCGGGCUCUGAAGCGAUCGGGCCGGUUCCGGAUCAGGCGGUGGGACGGAGUUAGGAGAGCCUCCUCCGGGCUGGACUCUGAAGUUUGUCCCGGGGUUUUCUGGAAGGAGGUGCGGAGCUCCGGAGCGGCUCGGUCUCCUCCUGUGCAGCCGGAGCAGCAGCCGGAGCGGCGGGCAGGGCUGGGUGUGUUUUAUCGCAGAGCCUCCUUCCAGCGGUCAGUCUGAGCGCUGCUCCCCGGCCACUGCAGCCUCUGAGGCGGGGAAGUGUAGCUGGGAGGGUCGGAGUCUCCCGGGGCUCCCCUCCCCCUCCUGUGCGGCUGGGUCCCGGUCCGGGACCGGCUCGCUGCUGGGUGGAUCUGUCGGAAGUUUGUCCGCUGUGAACUUGCUGUCGUCGUGGAAACAUUUCUAGCGGGUUUACUGGAUUUUACGGCGGGAGAACAAGUGGAAACCUGCCCAGUGAGGAGGGUGUAUGUGUCGCUCUGAGCCCCGAACCGAACCGAGCCCAGUCCGAACAUGCCCGUCAGGAAGAAAGACGCCCAGCGGGCCCUGCUGCUCCUGGAGGAGUACCGGAACAAGCUGACCCACACCGAGGACCGGCAGCUGAGACUCUCCCUCCAGCGGGUCAUCGACAUCUUCCAGAGCAACCUCUUCCAGGCUCUCAUAGAUAUCCAGGAAUUCUACGAAGUGACCUUAUUGGACAGCCAGAGGUGGGCGGAGUCUUCCAAAGGGCCGGAUCCCGGCGUGCCCAUCAACCUGUGGGACUUCUCCAGUCUCCAGAGCCCGACCGGAACCUCGGAGACCCUGCCCAGCCUUAGCACCAGCAUCGAGGAGUCCCCCCUCCUUAACGAAAUCCUGCACACGUUGGCGCAGGCCAAACUCUCCCCCUGCCAUGACGGACAAAAGUACCGGCACCACGAUGAGGACUCGUCCCCCCAGGAGCAGAGCUCCCCCCAGCUGACCGAGGAGCCGGGGGGUCCCGAGCUGGUGCAGGUGGCAGAGAAGAACCUCUCCCAGAUCGAGAACGUCCAUGGAUACGUCACCCACGCUCACAUCUCGCCGAUGAAGGUAGCGUCUCUGGAGUGCAUCUUUGACGGCUCCUCCUCGUUAGGACACUUCCACUCGGAGCUCCCCUCCCCCACGCCCUCCACUCUCUACCCCCACGGAGAGGACAGCCCCCUCCCCUCCUGUUCGUCCAACCCCUACCCCCCGAUCCAGCAGGCCGAGGCCGUCCCGCCCUCCUCUCCUAUAAUCCCUGUGAUCCCCAUCUCGCCAAUCCCAGCCGAGACCACCGUCAUCCCUCCGACGUCACAGGCCAACCCUCCGCCUGUGGUGGUCAACACGGACAGCCUGGACACGCCUCCAUACGUGAACGGGACAGAGGCUGAGUAUGAGUACGAGGAGAUCACGCUGGAGAGGGGAAACUCUGGGCUGGGCUUCAGCAUCGCAGGAGGUACAGAUAACCCCCACAUCGGUGAAGACCCCAGCAUCUUCAUCACCAAAGUCAUUCCUGGAGGAGCAGCAGCUCAGGACGGACGGCUCAGGGUGAACGACGUCAUCCUGCGGGUAAACGAGGUGGAUGUCCGGGACGUGACCCACAGCCGGGCCGUGGAGGCGCUGAAGGAGGCGGGGUCUCUGGUCCGACUCUACAUCCGCAGAAGGAAACCCGUCUCAGAGAAGGUGAUGGAGCUCAAGCUGGUGAAAGGACCCAAAGGUCUGGGCUUCAGCAUAGCAGGGGGGGUCGGAAACCAGCACAUCCCCGGAGACAACAGCAUCUACGUCACCAAGAUCAUCGAAGGCGGCGCCGCACAGAAGGACGGGAGGCUGCAGAUCGGAGACAAACUGCUGGCCGUGAACAGCGCCUGCCUAGAGGAGGUGACCCACGAACACGCCGUCACUGCCUUGAAAAACACUCCUGAUGUGGUCUACUUGAAAGUGGCAAAACCCAACAGUGUCUUCAUGAGCGACAGCUUCGCCCCGCCAGACCUCACCAACUCCUUCACGCAGCACAUGGAGAACCAUAUCAGCACCCCUAACUUCCUGGGUCAGACCCUCCCCACACCGGCACCAACGGGACGCUACUCGCCAACGCCGAAGAGCAUGCUUGGAGAAGAUGAUGUCACACGGGAGCCGAGGAAGGUGGUCCUGCACCGAGGAGCAACGGGCCUGGGCUUCAACAUCGUGGGUGGGGAGGACGGCGAGGGGAUCUUCAUCUCCUUCAUCCUGGCCGGAGGCCCGGCGGACCUGAGUGGGGAGCUGCGGAAAGGAGACAGGCUGGUGUCGGUGAACGGGGUGGACCUGCGGAACGCCACGCACGAACAGGCCGCCGCCGCCCUGAAGAACGCUGGGCAGACGGUGACCAUCGUGGCCCACUACAGGCCAGAGGAGUACAGCCGCUUCGAGGCCAAGAUCCACGACCUGAGGGAGCAGAUGAUGAACAGCAGCAUCAGCUCCGGGUCCGGGUCCCUGCGGACCAGUCAGAAGAGGUCCCUCUACGUCAGAGCUCUGUUCGACUACGACAAGACCAGGGACUCGGGUCUGCCCAGUCAGGGCCUGAACUUUAAGUUCGGAGACAUCCUCCACGUGGUGAACGCCUCCGAUGACGAGUGGUGGCAGGCCCGACAUCUGACGCCUGAGGGGGAGCUGGAGGAGGUGGGGGUGAUUCCCAGCAAGAGACGAGUGGAGAAGAAGGAGCGAGCGAGGUUAAAGACGGUGAAGUUCAACUCCAAGUCCAGAGACCGGGGGCAGUCCGUCAAUGACAAGCGUAAAAAGAACCUCUUUACCCGAAAGUUUCCUUUCUACAAGAGCAGAGAGCCGAGCGAGCAGGAGACCAGCGACGCCGACCAACAUGUGACGUCUAACGCCAGUGAUAGUGAAAGUAGCUACCGUGGAGCGGAGGAGUACGUUCUGUCCUAUGAGCCGGUUGUUCAGCAGGAAGUGAACUACACCCGACCCGUCAUCAUCCUGGGACCCAUGAAGGACCGGAUCAACGACGACCUGAUCUCAGAAUUCCCCGAUAAAUUCGGCUCCUGUGUCCCACAUACGACCCGGCCCAAACGAGACUACGAGGUAGACGGCAGGGAUUACCACUUCGUGGUCUCCAGAGAGCAGAUGGAAAAGGACAUCCAGGAUCACAAGUUCAUCGAGGCGGGCCAGUACAACAACCACCUGUACGGAACCAGCGUCCAGUCGGUCCGAGAGGUGGCAGAGAAGGGUAAACACUGCAUCCUAGACGUGUCGGGCAACGCCAUCAAGAGGCUCCAGCUGGCUCUGCUUCACCCCAUCGCCAUCUUCAUCAAACCCAAAUCUGUGGAGAACAUCAUGGAGAUGAACAAACGUCUGACGGAGGAGCAGGGCCGGAAAACCUUAGACAGAGCCGCCAAGCUGGAGCAGGAGUUCACCGAGCAUUUCACAGCCAUCGUUCAAGGCGACACGCUGGAGGAGAUCUACGAGCAGGUGAAGCAGAUCAUCGAGGAGCAGUCUGGUCCCUUCAUCUGGGUUCUGUCCAAGGAGAAGUUAUGAGACCCGGCGCCGGCUUCAUCUCUCCUCCUCUUCAUCACUUUGUUUUAUUUUGGAAAGAAGCAUGGACCGGCAGACGGCAGCCUCACCUCUACUUCCAUCCAUCUCCCCAAGGCUUCAUGUUCCUUUCCUUGGAAGCACACAGGAAGUGACAUCACACGGUACAGCUCCUUAAUGUUUAAGGACGGAGGAUUUCAGAGGAGAAGAACAAGAGUUCAAAAAUGUACAACACAAAUUCUUUGGUUCUUUUUCUUUUGGCUGUUGUGGGUUUUUUUUUUUUUUCCAGCCAGAACCUCUGGCAACGUUUGUUUGGAUCGGAGGAAGCAGAGACACAAAAAGCAGAACUUUGCACGUUUGAGCUUUAACAGCAUGUUGGUUUAGACCCGUUUGUUUCCCAUCAGCCCCUUCACCUCAGCGUCUGACAUCACAACUCCUUACAUUAUUUUUUUUUUUAUUAAAUCUUUUUAGUUUUUAACAUUUUUCCCUCCUCACUGCCACAUGAUGUUCGUCAGGAGGCUGCAGGCCCAUCACACUGCUGCUAGAGGGCGCCAGAGACCUAAAUACUAAAAUGUAAAGUUUUAACAGUUAAAAGCUCAAAUCAAAACAUGUUAAAUAUAAUUAAUAGACUGAAACCAGAAACUUUUGGUGUUGAAUUAGUUGAUGCGUGAAUCACUGAAUGGAUUUCGAUCGAUUCAACUGAAACUAAACUUUAAAACUGAUAAAAAUAUAUA